CGGAAGCGCGGUCAGCGCUCGGGUUGAGCCACUCUCACAGAAACUGCCGCAUCCGCAUUGCUUCCUUGUUUACUUGUUUUGUGGGAAACCUAAUUUUUUAAGAGGUCGGGCUCUCUCUUUUUGUUAAAAUCAAUAAAAACCGUAGAGCUCCUGUACCAAGUUCUCAGAUCCAGAGCCGAGUUUCAUCAGAACCCAGUUUGGUUCCCUGCCUGAAUGGCCACAGCAUCCGAGGAGCCUCCAGGUCUUCAGGGCCACACUUCCAACCUGCUGGGUCAGGUUUGGAGGGCACUGUCAUCCCCCAGAGACUCGACUGGGAACCGAAAACAUGUUGCUUCAGAGGGUCCAAGCAUCGGCACGUCUCAGGCCCUGAAAAAAACCAUCGGCCACCGGGGAGUCGACCCCACCGGGGAGACGGUGUACAAGAAGACUACAUCUUCUACUCUUAGAGCGGCCAUACAGUUGGGCAUCACACACACGGUGGGCAGCUUGAACCAAAAACCUGAGAGAGACGUGCUGCUGCAGGACUUUGAAGUCGUAGAGAGCAUCUUCUUUCCCAGCGAAGGCAGUAACCUGACACCGGCCCACCACUAUGGAGACUUCAGGUUCAAAACAUACGCUCCGGUCGCCUUUCGUUACUUCAGAGAGAUGUUUGGCAUCCAGCCCGAAGACUACAUGUAUUCUCUGUGCAACGAGCAACUGAUUGAGCUGUCUAACUCCGGCGCCAGCGGGUCUCUGUUCUUCGUCUCAAAGGAUGAUGAAUACAUUAUUAAGACCGUGCAACACAAAGAGGCAGAGUUUCUCCAAAAACUGCUUCCAGGAUACUUUAUGAACCUGAACCAGAACAAGAGGACGUUAUUACCAAAGUUUUAUGGGCUGUACUGUGUCCAGGCAGCCGGUAAAAACAUCCGUAUUGUAGUCAUGAACAAUCUGCUGCCCAGUGCAGUACGAAUGCACCUCAAGUUCGAUCUCAAAGGCUCCACUUAUAAGCGGCGAGCCUCUCCCAAAGAGCGGGAAAAGACCGUGCCCACGUUCAAAGAUCUGGAUUUCAUCCAGGACAUGGCAGACGGACUGCGCCUGGAUGUGGACAAAUACAACGCUGUUUGUAAAACUCUUCAGAGAGACUGUUUGCUGUUACAAAGUUUCCAGAUUAUGGACUACAGCCUUCUAGUGGGAGUUCAUAACAUAGACCUGGCCUGUCGAGACCAAGAUAGAGAAGAGGUCGCAGGAGCAGCUGUGGACCAAGCAAGGCCACAAGUCCAAAAGUCCCUGUACAGCACAGCUAUCGAGGCCAUCCAGGCAGAGACAGGAGGUGUGGAGCCAGUGGACAGGACCGGAGGGAUCCCCGCGCGAAACGGGAAGGACGAGAGGCUGCUGGUGUACAUCGGUAUUAUUGACAUUUUGCAGUCCUAUAGAUUUGUAAAGAAGCUUGAACAUUCCUGGAAGGCCCUGGUUCAUGAUGGGGACACUGUGUCUGUACACCGACCAAAAUUCUACGCAGAAAGAUUUCUAAGGUUCAUGUGUACUACGGUUUUCAAAAAGAUGCCAGUAAAGUCCUCCCCGUGUAAGAAGCGCCGGGCCAACGGUCCUACGAAGAAACCUGCUGGCGCCUUCUUGUCUCAAACCAGCGGCAGCUCCCAGCAUCCUUCACUCCAACAACAAGCCAGCACUGACACCAGGGAGAGCGCCGAGGGAGUCAGCGCCAUGCAGUCCGGUCGACCUGACCUCCUCCCCCAGAGCUCACUGGCCAGAGACGGUGCCGUCAACACUCCUGGAGCUCCGGUUUUUGUGUCCUUGGCUGACGCCAGAUCCACUCCCACAGCGCUUGCUGUGUCUCCCUCUCAGGAAACCUCAGUGAGAGAAGGUGGAAGUGAAACAGGCAAAAACCAGGACAACAGCACCCCCAAGAGACAUCAGUCUUCUGUUGAGGAAAGUACUACGACAGAGGACACAAUCUCACUCAGCGACAUAGAUUCCUCUGAAACCAAAGCGUAGGAUGUGGAAGAGUAACUGGGAUUCAACCUAAACAAAGGCAGAGGUGUUAAUGAGGAACACUGAAACAUUUACACCCACCCCACCCCCCUGUCUUCCUCGAGGUACCAGGACUAAUAAAUCCUUGUAGUGAAUCACUGGGACCAAGCAGGACUUUGGAUGUUUGUUUAUGCUACUGUUCGUUUGCACUUUGAUUUCCGAACAGACGUGUUCUGACACUAGUAAAUGUGGGUACGUUAACGCGGUGGUUAGGGAACACUAUCUUUGUCUCGCAGGAGUGCCUGUAUUCACAACUAGUUAUUCUGUUUCACCCUGAUACGCUCAUUUAAACCAGUAUUUGCUGUGACAUCAGGAUCUUUCUGCUUUUUUUUUUCUUUCAUGUGAAGAAGUUUUAUUUUCAUUGUUUGCCUUCCUUGAAUGUCAUUCCUUAUUCUUUGCCGGCAAACCCUAAUCAGAACGCUGGUGUCUGUCCUGCCAUGUAUAUUGCACACAAUAGAACGAAGUGACAUCGAGGAGUGGUUGCAAUCUCUGUAUGUUUUAGAUGUGACCACAUUUGGAAAGUAACUGCAGAAUGUUGUCUAUUUAAGGGCUGGUUUAUAGAAUUAUCAUCUGCCAUGUAAUCAAGAGGAAUGAAUUGAAUUUGAGCUUUCAAAGGACAUUUUCAAUAGGAGAUUGUUGGUGUCUGAGAUGUUUUGCACCAAAUCGCUAUUUCAACUAAAAACAUUGCAUGUUGGCUUAAUUUCCGACAAACCUCCUAUACACAGUUUAUAGACCUCAACGUAAGUGGCUGAAGUCAAAUUGUUAUUAUUUUUAAUUAUUAAUUUAGUUGCUUUAAAACAAAACCAUACAUGUGUUGGGAACACAUGCUGAGAGAAAUUACUGUAUUCAUAUGUAAUAACAUGCCUUUUCUGUUUUUAAAAGCUUACUUUAAAUGUACAUAAUGCUGGGAAAAGACGGGGGCCCUCUAGUUUUUUUAUUUAACCAAAUCUUCUAAUGGACCUACAUGACUUCAAACACUGUGAAUCCUUACAGCAACUUCUAAUGUUACGGUCAAAAGCUAUAUUUUAAAAGAAGAUUGUUGUUGUUUUUUGUAUGUAUGUGUGGUACAUUGAGCAGAAGGGAUCAAAUGUAGUUGAGCACCUCAACAAACACUGAUCUGUGGGCUGCCUCAUAAAGAGAGACCACUGGGUUUUGUUUGCUAUAUGUGGUGCGACUCGUCCAAGCGGAGGUGUUUUUACACAAAGUGAAGCCACCGAUCAAACCUGCGAAAAGCAGUUUUCUCCAGAAGCCUUCGAAGUAAUCAUGUGACUAGUACCAAAAAGUAGGAAAUGACAUUAUUGUUAUUAUGAGCUGGUACAAUCAUAUUUUUUUUCUCAUGGAUCAUAUGGGGGUUGGUGCGGUUUGUACAGCUUUACUCAGCUGUCCAGUGAUAAGCAUGAAAGUAAAAAGGUAUUUUUUAAAGAGGUGCAGAGGCCAACAUUUGUGAUUUACUUAUUGUUCACCUGAUCUGGGUGCAGGGUUGUCCAUCCCUGUGAGACACGUACACAGACACUCUUUGUUCAUGAUAUUGGGAAAUAAUAUUAUAGCUGUAAAUUGUUGCAGUCUAAUCAGCUACUUACUCUGUUCUUGUAUAAUGUCAGUUUUAAUUAAAAUCUGCUGUCACAGGACUAUUUUCUCUUU